AUCAUUAUAUUUUCCCUACUACUGCAGCUGUGCCAACAAAUGGAAGCGGGUAACAAGCCGGGACACCGGUAGGCCAAGAGUUCGUGGGCAGGGACAGAUGGCAAGCGAGGGUUUCGACGACGACGACUUAUGGAGCGACGCCGAUUUCGUCGGAGCCGUCGCGGAGGCUGUUGAGGCGGUUGAGCUCGCCUCUACGCAGCGCAACCUUCUUCCCCCGCCCACUCACCCACAUCCGCCGCCGGCGGCCACUCCGUCGCACUUCGUCGGCAUUAGUUCUUCACCUCCAUGGAAGGCGUCUCAGUUAGUUGUUCCACAAGUUGCCGCACCCUCCACUUCCAAGGAUUCUAAUGGCGUCUUUCAACAACAAGAAAUCGAUAGAUUGAAGGGAGAGCUUGGCCGUGUUUCAGAGCUGCUUGCGCAGAAGGAACAGGAAUGCAUUAUGUUGAGAAAGCAUAGUGAAGAAAAAGAGACAAAUGCUGUUCAGACUGAAAGAGCCAGUGUUUCUACCAUAUCAACGGGUGAAAGUGAUUCUCCUUCCAUGAUUAAGAAAAAGUUGUUAGAUGCAUGGGAGUCACCGACUGGUCAAAAUCUAGGGAGAAUUUUUGUUUCAAAACUGUUAGAGACUUGCGAAGCUGAUUUCCGCGUUCUCUUUGGAUUGCUGGAUUCAAGUUUCCCCUCCAAGAUGAGAACAGAAAGUUCCUUUUCUAACUCUGGAGUUGCUAAGGAGGACAAUCUGCUGCAAGAUCAUCUCAAUGUCUCUGCAAAAGUAUCUCAUCUUUAUUCCGUUUUGACAAAGAUUAGCAAUGAGAUGAUUAGAUUGGAUGGUCUACUCGAUGCAUUAGUUGAACUUUGCCAACUUAAAAAUGUUGUUAUAAUGUACAGGGCUCUGCAUAUACUGCAUGAGGUUUUAAGCUGCAGUUUCUUUGCAGAAAAGAAAGACGAUAGAAGGUCCAAUGUGAUUUUUGAGGAGAUUGAUGAAAAUAGACCUUCUAGAAGAGGAAGCCAUUCCAAAGAGAUACUAAAUCAUAACGCCGUAGAUCGAUUGGAUAAUAGUGAUGCACUUUCCAGAAUGGGAUCAUUCAAUCCUGGAACUUCAGUAUUCACGUCAUGUUUCAACUAUCUCUCAUUGUUUGAACUGAUGUGCCAAAUUAUAAUGAUGAAUGGUUUAGAGCAUAUCAGAUGGGAAGCAGUUUCUAUUAUGAAUUUGAUCCUUGUAAGAAAGCAUACAUUCUUGGAGAGGGAAAAGUUUGGAUCAGAUAUAGUGUUUCAAAGUGUUUCACUACUAUUGAGGAAGGAUGUUGGCUACCGUGUAAAUAAGCAAGCUGUGCGCCUUCUUUACCUGCUGCUUAAUUGUAAGUGCAUGUAUUGCUUUUUAGAGAAAAGGUUUCUCUUAGAUGUUACUCCAUGUGUCCCAUUAUUAUUUUUUCUGUAUGGUUUACUAUGUUUGAUUGAAGUUAUUUUCAAUUCAUUUUAUUAAAGUAUCGGUGUAGAAUUGAAAAAAUAAAGUUAAUAUAUUUAAAAAUUACCAAACAAUCUACAAAAAGGAAGUGACAUGGCUAUGUUGUAACAAAUGGUUAACGAAAAUAGGCAAUGAAAGAAGAUUCGUUGAAUAGUAAACAUGAAAAUAAUAAUUGGAUAGAAGGAAUAUAAAAUAUAGAGUAAAUAAGAAUGAACUUCAACGUGGGAAUAAUUUUAGAAUCUGUCUCAUUCUGCUUAGAGGUCAAUGGUUGCUGAUGCUAUGACCUUCGUAAAUAUUUAUCUUCCAUUGCUUAGAAUCUGUCUCAUUUUGAUUUAUUCCAUCACACUUUGGGGUGUGAUGGAAUAAAUCAAAAUGGAUCUCUAAACUAUCUGCGCUUCUCUAAUUAAUGAAGUAGCAGUUAGUCAAGCAAUGCAACUUUUGACGUUGAGCCGGGGGUCUCUUU